AUGGCGUUCAGGUUUAAGCGGGAAGGCUGCUACAGCAAAAACAGGCUAAGCGAGCUGUUCCGGAAAAACCAGAGCUUCGUCAACCAGCUCAUGUACGAUGUGACGGCCUUCCACUACGAGAACUACAUGAAAAAUAAAAUUCGCCAAAGCAUAAUGAACAACUACAACAACAUUGAAAAAAUACAGUCCAUGCUAAGUUUAAUAAACGGCGAUAAGGAAAAUGCCUUCAAAAUUAAAACGGGACACUUCUUCUUCCGAACCGGAGUGCCAGUUAUAACGCCACACAUCCAGCAGACCAACGAGUUCGCAGAAAACAACAACUACGUGUACAAUUUUAAAACCAUCAAAAAAAAGUACCUCAAAGAUGCUUACGAUUCGUACAAGCACAAAAUUGGCGGGACCGACCCCUCCGUUCCCCUUUUUUACAAGCAUAAGUGA